AUGGCCUCACCAGACACGAACAGCAUCUCUCCGCAGGAAAAACGUGCAAUCGAGAAAGCCAACCAGGUGGAAGCCUCUUACCUCAAGCCCGACUUGAACAGCUUGAUCUCCGUGCGAGACUUUGAAGAUGUGGCUCGUCAGGUCUUCACGCCCAAGUGCUUCGCGUUCUACUCCUCGGCAGCCACAGACUUGGUCUCUCACCGAGCGAAUCUCGAAGUCAACAAGAAGCUACUACUGCGACCUCAAGUGCUACGCAAUGUGAAGGAAGUGCAGACGAAGCGACGAAUUCUGGGCUGUGAAUCAAGCGUUCCUUUCUUUUUCAGCCCGGCGGCGAUGGCGAAAUUGGCGCACCCGGACGGAGAGUUGGCUGUAGCGAGGGCAUGCGGUGAACAGGGUAUUGUACAGACAAUUUCCAGCAACGCAUCGUAUGCUCUGGCAGACAUAGUCUCUGCAGGGCAACCGAAUCAACCAUUCUUCUUCCAGCUAUAUGUCAACUCCGAACGGCACAAAACAGAAGAGUUAUUGAGACAUGCAAAAGCCGUGGGCGUCAAAGCAGUUGUGGUCACGGUCGACGCACCUGUACCUGGCAAGAGGGAAGCAGACGAAAGGAUAGCAGCAGAGAACGUAUCAGCUGCCAUUAGCGGAGCUGUGGCACACAACGACAAGAAAGGUGGAGGCCUCGGUCGUGUUAUGGGCAAGUACAUCGACUCGACGCUCAGCUGGGACGAUCUACCGUGGCUGAGGAGGGUAUCGGAUGUUCCGAUUGUGCUCAAAGGCAUUCAGACCGCUGCAGAUGCACGAAAGGCCGCAGAACACGGCGUUGAGGGCAUUCUGCUCAGCAACCAUGGAGGACGAUCUCUGGACACCGUGCAGCCGGCCAUGCUCACUCUACUGGAGCUUCACAAAUCAUGCCCAGAGGUCUUCGAGCAGCUGGAGGUAUACGUCGAUGGUGGAUUUACUCGCGGCACUGACACAUUGAAGGCUAUUGCUCUCGGCGCGACUGCUGUCGGCAUCGGGCGCCCUUGGCUGUAUGCUCUGAGCUAUGGACAAGAAGGCGUGAGCAGUUUGAUUGAGAUCCUGAAAGACGAGCUGGAGACUUCGAUGAGGCUCGCUGGUGUUACAGACGUCGAUCAGGCGCAUCCUGGCAUGGUCAAUACUGCCUUGCUCGAGCCACUCGUUCGAAGCUCGGAAGAGCACCCUUGGAUCUCGUGGAGGCCUCGGUCAAGGCUGUGA